CGCGUUAAGUCGAAUAAUAUUGAGACGGCAACUUUCGACUCUAUAUUUGCCGCUCGCCCUUUCGUCCCGCCCACCUUAUUAGGUCUUCCUGCAUCGCCCGGCGAUCUUGAAAUCAGUAUACGCGGCCGCCGGAUUUAUAUCAGCGGUUGAUACCACAGAUCCUCCAUGUUCCUCGUCGAUUGGUUCUACGGCAUCCUUGCCUCGCUGGGGUUAUGGCAGAAGGAGGCUAAAAUUCUCUUCCUGGGGCUUGAUAACGCUGGGAAGACGACGCUCCUCCACAUGCUCAAGGAUGAGAGGUUAGUGUAGCAUCAGCCAACGCAAUACCCUACUUCGGAGGAACUUAGCAUUGGAAAGAUUAAGUUCAAGGCGUUCGACGUUGGAGGGCAUCAGAUUGCUCGUCGAGUCUGGAAGGAUUACUAUGCAAAGGUGGACGCGGUGGUGUACCUGGUGGACGCCUUCGACAAGGAGCGAUUCGCGGAGUCAAAAAAGGAGAGGUUAGUGCAGCAUCAGCCAACGCAAUACCCUACUUCGGAGGAACUUAGCAUUGGAAAGAUUAAGUUCAAGGCGUUCGACGUUGGAGGGCAUCAGAUUGCUCGUCGAGUCUGGAAGGAUUACUAUGCAAAGGUGGACGCGGUGGUGUACCUGGUGGACGCGUUCGACAAGGAGCGAUUCGCGGAGUCAAAAAAGGAGCUGGAUGCCCUGUUGUCUGAUGAUUCCCUGACCAACGUUCCAUUCCUGAUACUGGGAAACAAGAUUGACAUACCCUACGCAGCAUCAGAGGAGGAGCUGCGAUACUACCUGGGCCUCACCAACUUCACUACGGGCAAGGGAAAGGUGAGCCUCUCUGAAUCCAACCUACGCCCUCUUGAAGUCUUCAUGUGCAGCAUUGUGCGCAAGAUGGGCUAUGGCGAUGGCUUCAAGUGGCUUUCACAGUACAUCAAGUAAAUUCUAAAUAUUUCUAUAUUUAUAUUUAGUGCUUCGCUGCAACGACAAUCUUUUAUUUUUUUCAGAGUUGUGUUUGAUUUUGAUUCCUUGUGUAGAAAUGCGUUAUAUCUACUUGGGACUAUAAUGGGAAACAGUUUUAAAGCUUGAUGUAAUUUGCAACAAUAUUUUGGGAGAAAUUUUCGUUUGGGAUAUUUGGUCA